CACUUAUGAGAUAAAAGAAUUUGGGAACCCUUGCACUAUGAAGGCCCUCUCUCCCGAUCUUUUAUGCAAACAGAGAAAAAUAUUUGUUUUUUGUUGAUUUUCUCCCAACAAUCUUACUGCCGUCGGAUCUUGAGACAUCGCUGAAACAGAGAGAUCGACAUCUUUAUCGCCAUGGGAUUCUUGGAUACGACCUUUAUCUUUCUCAUCGCCGGCGUUGUGGCCUCUCUCUCCGUCAGCCUCUGCCUCAACCGAGGCCCCUCCACUAAUUUGUUUCAUUCGACGUUGAUAAUUACUGCUACAAUAUGCUGUUGGAUGAUGUGGGCGAUUGUGUACAUUGCACAGAUGAACCCGUUGAUUGUUCCCAUCCUCAGUGAAGGCGAGUGACUUUGCUUAUCUUGGGGCAGCAGCUUUCUCUUAUCAUCUUUGUUGCAUGAUCUCCAUACAGUCUUAGUAGAACAGAGGUUUUAAUGAAGGUUUCGUGUAACCUGUGGUACAUUUGAUGCUAGUUUCUAUGUUUACUAAGCAAGCAUUGUAUUCUUUCAUAAAUUAUGAAGUUCAAAUUUCAUAUAAUGCAAACCUAUGGUUUGUUGUCCUGUUGUUUCUUGGACUGAAUAAUUGGAUGUCAUGGAAAUCUUAUCUCUCUUUAAUCAAGUCUUUUAGGUAUA